CGGGAAAAUCAUCCAAAUAGGAAGAUAUCCAAAUUUAAGACAAAUCCGCCAAAUUAAAGCCUCAAACUCAAAAUACAAACUGAACCUGCUCUUAUCUAUCACCCCUUUUUAGUAUUUAUCAGUAUCUUUUAUUGAAUUGAAGUACCCAAAGUGAAACAGGUCAAUGUUGCAUGCAAUCUCUGUUCCAAACACUUGCAUUUUGUGUCCAAGAAGCCGGUGUUUUGGUCAAAGGAAUCAAGGAUCAACAAGGUUUUGUUUGCGUGCUUCUUUGCCAGAUAAUAAUGGUGAAUUUAAAGUGGAGUAUACACCAUGGUUGGUUGUUGGAUUGGGUAACCCUGGAAAUAAGUACCAUGGAACUCGACACAAUGUUGGUUUUGAAAUGAUUGAUCAAAUUUCACAAUCGGAAGGGAUUGCAUUGAAUACUAUACAGUCAAAAGCUUUAGUAGGGAUAGGUGCCAUUGGAGAAGUACCAAUUUUGUUGGCAAAACCUCAGGCAUACAUGAAUUUCAGUGGGGAAUCGGUUGGGCCUCUUGCUGCUUAUUAUCAAGUACCCCUGCGUCACAUUUUAUUGAUAUAUGACGAGAUGAGCUUGCCAAAUGGAGUUCUGAGGCUUCAGCCAAAAGGAGGACAUGGGCAUCAUAAUGGAGUGAAGAGUGUGAUGGGGCAUUUGGAUGGCAGUCGUGAGUUUCCUCGGUUGUGCAUAGGCAUUGGAAAUCCACCUGGUGCUAUGGACAUGAAAGCUUAUCUUCUACAGAAGUUCAGUCCUGCGGAACGAAAUCAGAUUAAUGAAGCAUUGGAACAAGGAGUUGAGGCAGUGAGGACACUGGUGCUGAAUGGAUUCAACCAGAAAAUCACAAGAUUCAAUUUAGGACAGAAGUACAAGCAUCACAAAGUUUGACCAUCUCAACCAUUACAUGCCAUGGAUGAUGUAGUUAGUAUGUAAUGCAUGUAUAAACCAUUUCUAAUCAACCCUUAUCUUUUCCUUUCCUUUUCCCUCUAUUUGAUAAAAUUUUACCCUUUUAGAAGCA